AUGAGAAAGUCUCCAAAUGACCUUGCAUUUUUGGGAGAAUUACAACAUGGUGUCUAUGACGAUGAAUGUGAGGGUCUUACAGAGGAAGAGAUCAAUGCAUUUUACGGCUUUGCGGAGGAUGGAGAAUCACUAGAUCUUGAUGGAACAUCUGAUCAGGGAUCGGAGGACUCGGAGGACUCAGAGGACUCGUAUGAGUAUGACAAUGAGGAGCACAAUGAACCAGGAUCUGUGGACAAUAUGCACAAUGAACAAGGGUCUGAAGAUGACAUGGAUUUGGAUUCGGACCAUGACUCCGACACAAAGGUUUCCGAUCAUGACUUCGACACAAAGUUCCCUUGGGAUCUUGUCCAUUCGAUCAAGAAGGGCUGGACUUGUUUGAAAGCGGAUUGA